AUGUCAAAUGAUUGGUCGCCCUCGCCAACAUUCAGUAUCCCUACAGAGCGUUUACAUAUCUCAUAUUUCCAAGCGGACAACUCUGAGCACACUGAAUUUCUAGUCCGUCUCUGGAACACCGAAGAUUUCAUCAAAUCAUGUGGCAAGACAGGUCUCGACACUCCCGAAAAGUCAAAUGUUUUUAUCAGGAAUCGGGUCCUCCAAGACUAUAAAAGGAACAAGCACGGCCAAUUUCUUGUGCACCUCGCAGAAAGCAGGUUGAUUGGAGUAACCUCUCUAAUGAAAGGCGAACCACCAAAUGCAUAUUCCGCACCGGAUAUUGGGUAUACAAUCUUGCCCGAGGAGAGUGGUAAAGGGUACGCAACUGAAGCCAGCAUUGGGCUAUUGGAGUAUGCACGUCGGGAGCUUGGAAUCAAUGAUGCUUUUGGAUUUUGUGGUCAGGAUGAUGCACGUUGUCGUCGUGUGUUGGAGAAGAUUGGCUUGCAGUUCAGGGGAAAUAGGGCAUUGAAGGUAUUUGGUGGUGCGCAAAGUGCUGUUUAUGCGCUGCCGGAGAUGAGCCAGGAUUUGACGGUGUAUGGGAUAGAUGAUUGA